CGCCUUCUACAUGGACGUGACUCCCAUAGCACACGUAAGAUCACUGCGAGCCAAUUAAAACACGCGUAACCCUUACGUCAUUUCUGGGCGACGACGCGACAUACUAUUCCACCAUGGCUGAAGCUCAACCCGAAAAGGUGAUCAAGUUGGUCCCUGAGUAUUUACUUAAAAAGAGGAAAACCUACCAGGCCGUCAAAGCUACACAGGCCAAGCUUGCACUGCUCGAAAAAAGAAAGUAUUCUAAAGGCAAACCUUUGAAAUUCAAACGUUUGGAAGACUUUUUGAAAGAGAGUCACAAGAAACAUCGUGAUGAAACACGCAUCAGAAGAAUGCAGCACAGGCCAGCUGCCCCUCUGCCUCCCGAGAAGAAUAAGUUGGCGUUUGUGGUUCGAAUCAGAGAGAUUAAAGGUGUGAGUCCAAAGGUGAUGAAGGUGAUCCAGAUGUUGAGGCUCAGGAAGAUUUUCAGCGGGUCUUUCGUCAGAAUAAACAAGACUUCAAUGACCAUGAUGAAGGUGGUGGAGCCUUAUGUGGCCUGGGGAUUUCCAAACCUAAAGUCUGUUCGUGAGCUUAUUCUGAAAAGAGGACAGGCCAAGAUGGGCAGGAGGACAGUACCUCUCACCGACAAUACCUUCAUCGAGCAGCACAUGGGUAAACACGGCAUCAUCUGUUUGGAGGAUCUGAUCCACGAGAUCUAUUCGGUUGGUAAAAGCUUUCGGGAAGCCAACAAUUUUCUCGUGCCUUUCAAGCUUUCUGUGGCUCGUCACGCCGCCAGGGAUAAAGCUGGCCUUCUCAAAGACUUGGGAAACCCAGGGUUCCGCGGUCCAGACAUCAACAGCAUCAUCCGACUCCUGAACUGAGCAGGAUCAACUGCCGGACGGACAUUCAGAAACAACUCAGAGGAUGUUGUUUCUGAUAAGUUGAUGCCAUUCACAAUUAACUUUGUUGUGGCUCAUGGGCGUGGUCGUGUAAACUCCGGCCAUUGGGACAAGAAAAUUGAAAUGUUUUUUUUUUUUCUGCUGUUCUUGUUGAACUUGUACUUAAUCUAUCAAGAGCUGUCCCUGGCAGGAGUUUGAUGGAUCAUAUGGAAUGGAAAGAUUGUUUGUGGACUUCCUUCCUAUGUAAGGAAUGGUUUAAAUAGAACACUUUUCAUACAGAAAUGGAAAAAUCCCAACAGGAAACUAACCACAUCUGUUAGCUUGUUUUCUUCAGGGGAUUAAAGUAUAUUUCAUUCAUUUACUUUUGUAAAUAACUGUAAAGAUACCUGCUUUGUUACCCGAGUGUCAGUCUUCAAUUGAUUAAUGGAAGCCAAAAUAAAGUGUCAAUCUUUUA